AUGACUAACGUAUCAAACUAUCUUGAAUCUCAGGCUACACACAACUCCUUUUAUUCACUCACUUGCCGGGUAUUUUAUAUGUACACAAAAGGUGGUAUGUUUUUACAGGAUAUACAAUAUGAAUAUAUGGUGUUCAAGAAGAUUAUUAUUGAUUUGAAAUACAAUAUGUACAGCAACAUUGGACCUUUCAAAAUGCAAAUGCAAAUGCAAAUAAGAGUGAAUGAGAGUAUGACAGUUACAUUCUACAGUGUUUCAAAAAAAAGUUUUAUUGUAGACGGAACUAGAUGCCACAAAUUGCAUCAUCCUGUCGCACGAUGGUAUAAAAGUGCUGAGCGAGACAAAGAUAAUUCACGAGACCUAUACGUGGUCAUCUUGGUAUUAAAUAUGAGAUCAUAUAGUGUUAAUUUCAAAAGUAAAGAGGAGGUGGGAGUACAGAACAUAAACAUCGAUGGAAUAAUCGAUAGUCAGAGAAAUGUCAGAUUCUUAUAUGCUCAAAUAUACCCUAUGUCUUCAAGUUAA